CUCUCUAGCCCACACCCGCCGUCUUCUCGGUGGUAGCGCGGGGACGAGCUGGAGAGCGGGUACCGCUUCUGUCCAGUGGCGACCAGGGUCCUGCUCGAACCCGGGCUGAGGAGAGCUCAAGGGUGAUCAGCACAUGACCUAUUAAAGAGGGAUCUCUAAACAAAAUAAGUGGGAAAAUUUGAUGGAAUCAAGAAUGAUGGAUCCAUGUUCAGUUGGAGUCCAGCUUCGUACCACAAAUGAGUGCCAUAAAACCUACUAUACUCGUCACACAGGUUUCAAGACUUUGCAAGAAUUGUCAUCAAAUGAUAUGCUCUUACUUCAACUUAGAACUGGAAUGACACUGUCUGGGAACAAUACAAUUUGCUUUCAUCAUGUAAAAAUUUACAUUGACAGAUUUGAGGAUCUGCAGAAGUCAUGUUGUGACCCAUUUAACAUACACAAAAAACUAGCCAAAAAAAAUUUGCAUGUAAUCGACUUAGAUGAUGCCACUUUUCUGAGUGCAAAAUUUGGAAGACAACUUGUACCUGGUUGGAAGCUUUGUCCAAAAUGUACACAGAUAAUCAAUGGAAGUGUGGAUGUUGAUUCUGAGGACCGCCAGAGAAGAAAACCUGAAUCAGAUGGAAGAACUGCUAAAGCUUUGAGGUCAUUACAAUUUACAAAUCCAGGAAAGCAAACUGAAUUUGCCCCAGAAACUGGUAAAAGAGAAAAAAGAAGGCUUACAAAAAAUGCAACCACUGGUUCAGACAGACAAGUGAUACCAGCGAAGAGUAAAGUCUAUGACAGCCAGGGCCUCCUGAUCUUCAGUGGGAUGGACCUCUGUGACUGCCUCGAUGAAGACUGCUUAGGAUGUUUCUAUGCGUGUCCCGCCUGUGGCUCUACCAAAUGUGGAGCUGAGUGCCGCUGUGACCGCAAGUGGCUGUAUGAGCAAAUCGAAAUUGAAGGAGGAGAAAUAAUUCAUAAUAAACAUGCUGGAUAAUUUGUAGUAUCAAACCGUGGGGUCUUUAAAGACCCUCUCGCUAUUUCUAAAAUUCUGUCAUUUAAAAUAUAUUUUAAGCUUGAUUGCCAAAUGGCAAGUAUUUGAAAACCACCUCAAUAUCCACUCAGUGUGCACUAUUUUGCAUUUUGAGUGCUUUAAAAUUCAUUAUUUGGUGGUCAGUUAAGAUGGGCUAUUUCUCAGAAGUCAGCAUUAAGCCAGUCUGGGCCUAUGUAAACAAGUAAGGUACAUAGGCAGUCCUUGAUUUGCACGGUUUCCACAGGCAAAAAUUUCAGUGACCAUGACUUAAUUAAGUAAUACCAGUCUCCCAGCAGCGUGGUUCAAAUUUCACUUACCACAAUAUAUUAACUGUGAGUAAUUGCAUGAAGUAGAAAUUUCUCUGCUAGCUCUUCAGUCCACAGAUGACUACGUAACAGAUGUGCUUCAUGAUCAGUGACCAAUCAUGUUACUUCUUUCAAAUUCUGCCAGUGGUUGGUUCCUGUGCAUCUGCUACUCAGUUCACUCAUAACGAAGUUUGUGUGGUCUCCUUGUCACCCACUUGACAUUUUACAAAAGUGCCAACAAAGAUGGCAAUAGAGCAAAGACAUGAAAAAUAAUAAUGCUGGAAGUGAAAUUUGAAUGGAACAUUAACAGACUUGCACAAGAAAUCACUGAUCCAUGGGAAUGUUUGCACUGCUGCCUUUCUAGAGACUCUGGAUAGGCAUCCAGGGGAACUUAGUGAAGGCAAACUUACCAACAUAAAUGAGGAAAGUGGUUGUGACGAAAAAGAUAAACAUGUCCCAGAGGAAGUGGUGGUUAAAAAAAAAUUCACAUUAGAGGAUAUAUAAUGUGGAUACAGAAAUAUUUUACAACAUUGAAAGUACAAAUAAAAUGAUAGAAGCUGAUCCAAACUUGAAUAUGAUAAUUUGCCACCGUAUAGAAAAGAUUUUUACUCAGUAUCAUAAUUAAACAAAAAAAAAGACGAGCACUAUUCAGACUUCUCUUAGUUUUUACAGUGAAAGUUUAAUUCUCAAUGUUUCUAACAUUUUAAAUUACAACAAAGUAUUUUUAAACUUUUUUGCAUUUUCUUCUACAUUUAUAACUGCUAGUUUUUAAUAUUUUGACAGAUUUUUAAAGGUCAUGGAACAAUCACAUUUUUCCCAUUGAUUAUUAAGCUUGCUUUGCAUGGCCAUUUUUAUGGUCCCACGUUAUUGUGGCAAAACAAGGACUGCCUGUAGCUGGGAACAAUGCCUACUUCAAGGAAAACUGAUUGUAAUACAACUGACAGUUAAGUGUUAAACUAUUUUGGAAAUAAUCUACAUAUCUAAGUGCUAAAAUAUAUUUCUCAUUUAUUCAUGAAAUAAAAAAAUGUUUUAAUACUGUAAACCUUUGAUUGUUUAUACCAUGAAUUCUUAGUGAAAAUUUGUUUUGGGGGGCAGAAAAGUCUUCUUAUGCAUAAAGCACAGGUAUAUAUACAAUACAUAAACAUACUGUACCUGUGCUAUUCACACUUUGGGAGUUGGUUGAUUAAGACUAAAAGACCUAUCCUUAAGGGAAUGAGAAUUAAAAAAAAGGUGGAGAAACACUGGUUAAGACAUAGACUAUAAACAAAUUUUUGGGGAAUUGAUUGUUGAUGUUGGAAUUUGCAUGGGGGCUACUUGGAGAAUGGAGGAAUGGUAUCUUCUCUCUGUACUUUCUUUUCUAUAGAUAGCUAUCUGUCAUUUUGUCUAAAAGGUUUUGUCACCUAGGACAUUGCCACUAAAUUAGGUUUUUGUUUUCUUUUCCAUAAAUACAAUACUUCAGUUUAAUCAAAUGAGGUGUUAGCUAUUUGAAAUAUUUUGUAGCCAUUAAAACUAAAUUUAUGUUUUUUUCACUUUAA